AUGGGAGCUGGUGUGCAAGUAAUCUCUAGAGAGCUUAUCAAACCCUCAUCUGAAACUCCUCCUCACCUCAGAAAGCUGAAACUGUCGUACCUUGAUCAAUCGUUACCCUCUUUCUAUGUCCCACUUGUCUUCUUCUACCAAGCUGAUGAACUAAGAGGCCUGACUACCUGUAACCCUGUCCAAAUAUCUCAGCGGCUCAAACAGUCCCUAUCAAAAACUCUAACCUCAUUCUACCCAUUAGCCGGAAGGAUUGAGGAUGACUUCGUCGUUGAUUGUUGCGAUGCAGGUGUUGAGUUCAUCGAAGCUCGACUUAACGGUCAGCUCAUGGAUGCCAUACAGGAGCCCGACGUGGAAGACGUGAAGCAGUACCUUCCACUGGAUCCCACUACGGACAAAGUUACGACCCUUGUUGCUGUGCAAACCACUUUCUUUGAUUGUGGAGGAGUUGCAGUGGGAUUAUGCUUCUCACAUAAAAUUGCUGACUUCACGUCUAUAAUGGUGUUCAUCAACGCAUGGGCUGCCACUUUCCGAGGGGACACUGAAUUUUCAAGAUUUAGUUUCGACCUGGCCAGCUAUUUUCCGUCCAGGGACUCCCGUGUCUCUGAUUUCUUCCGAUUUUUACAGUCCGACGAAAAGCAAACAGCGAAAAGAUUUGUGUUUGAUAAGGAAAAAUUGGCAGCUCUUAAACAAAUAGCUACCUCCUUAUCUGUGAAGAAUCCCACCAGAGUGGAAGUCGUCUCAGUUUUUUUCUGGAAACAUUUCAUGGAGGUAGCAAAAUCUAGAAACCCGGAGGAGAAAAGGACUUUUGCUGCAUUCCAGGCAGUGAACGUGAGGGCAAGAAAAAUCCCACCUCAGCUUCUGGAAAAUGUUUCCGGGAAUUGCUUCAUGGUCCCGUUUGCAAUCUCCGAAAGUACUGAAUGUAGGGAUGUUGAGGAAUUUCAUGACCUGACAAGAAAAUUGAGAAGCGCGAUCAGGAAAAUCAAUGAGGAGUAUAUACAAAAAUCACAAAUUGGAAAUAGUUAUUUGGAUGAUUUAUUCAGUUUGUCUCCUCUACUUUUCAAGGGAGAAUUGGAGUCGUGCGUCUUUAGCAGUUGGUGUGGAUUUCCUGUGUAUAAGGUGGACUAUGGAUGGGGAAACCCAGUAUGGUUUUGCUCAUCUUGCUGGCCCUUAAAGAAUUUUACAGUCCUGAUGAACAGCAGAUAUGGAGAUGGGAUAGAAGCAUGGGUUAGUACGAGCAAAGAGAACAUAGAAAUGCUUGAAACUCAAGUUAAUCUCCAGCUGCUAUGCUACAUUGCCUAUCAAUUCCUGAACAUAUUCACGCACGAUAUAACUAUGUUCUACUAA